UUAGUUGUUUAUACUCAAUUGUUUCUUUAUGCAGGUCACAGCAUCAUCAUGGCUAAAUGAUCUAAGAGAUCGCAUUAAACAAACAAGAUUUUUAAAUGUUAUAUAUCGCUCUGUGACCACUUUAGGAUCUCAUCUUCCAUGGAAAUCCCGUUCGAGAGCUAGGGUUGGAGGCACUGAUACACUUCGACAACCUGUGUCCAACAGUUCUGAGGUCAGCACAGAACCAGUGCUGGACGAAGCAGAGUUUGUCUCAAGUGGCUCAUAUGACGGGAAGCCAGCUGGGAUAGAUAAACUUGAGCACGUUGAUCAAAGCUCUAGUGCCACAUUAGUAGAAGAAAUGACUGAAGGUGAAUUGUGGUCUGAGUUGGAAAAGGAUCUUCACAGAAAUGAUGAAGCUCGAGAAGAAGAAGCAGCUGCUGUGAAGGAAAUAGUAGAAGAGGAAAGCAUGGUGCUAAAAACAGCUGCAGAACAUAAACUGCCAUCAUCAGCAGAGAUGCACCAGUUCUAUCCUCCUGGUAGAAUCAUGCAUAUGGUUAUGCUGCAAGCAUUGGCUUCUAACUCAGGCAAGGAUGCUAUUAGUGAUACAGAUGUUGGUAUCUAUGAAACUCCAAGAGAUUUAUAUGGUAAGAUUCGGCUAUCACGAACUAUGAUACAUGAUCACUAUAUGCCUAUGUAUAAAAGAAUGAUGGAAUUACUGAUUGACAAACUUGGAAAAGAUGACAAUGGUUGUGAAACCAUUUCAAUAUGAAAGAGAAAUAAAGAAAACAAUUGAUGAGUUAUAAUGAUUGCUCUAAAGCGAUGUGUAGACCCCCAAGAAGACACCCGACACAACAUCUCAGUUUAAUAGCUUUAUUGUGCAUCUUGGUUUUAUGUACUGUAUUUUCUAUAAAGCAAGUGUUUCCAAAGACUACUGAAGACAGCUGGACGGCUACAACAAAGCCCAGAAGCCAUCGGCAUUGUUCAGCAUCAGAAGAGCAGCAUAAAAUUUAACAUGGUUGAUAUGUGAGUUUUUGUCCAAUGGUUUGCAGGAUAGUAAUAUUUUUUUGGAUAAUUAACUACACACAGUGAACAUAUGUUUUCCAUAUUUAUUUAAAGAUAAUCUCUUAUUUGUUU